AUGGCCUCAGGCCCCAUGCUCGCUCCAUUACUUGCGUCCACUCUUCAGCGGUUAGCGAUCCGGCGGGCAGAGAGCCCAAAAAGCUUCGACGUGCAAUCCAGAAGCUCUGGAGACUGCAGCAUGCCCGCCGGCGACCAGAUUCAAGCCAUCGCCGGCGACAGAGACAGAGACAGAGACAAGUCCCAAAAUGGCCCCUAA